AUGUCUACCGAACAAUACCAAAGAUCAGAACUUCGCACUCGCAUUCAACAACGCCUACAACAACGCACUGACACAACCACCAAAUCUUCGCCGAAAACCUUCAACCAACUCCCUCCAUAUCUCCAAAACGUCCUCCCCGACAACUACACUUACAUCAUCAAAUCAUACAAAGAACUUCCCUUGCACAACUUUGACGGCGCACCGAAUGCUUCUUUUGACGCACAAUUCUACAUCAACAUUGCCUCGCAAGACGAAAUAGAGGCAUGGCGAGCAGCAUUCCAUGCCAAAACCGGGACAAUAUUCCGAAUCACUCGAGCCGACAAGGUGAAAGGAAUCAAGGUGAUCUACCACAAAGACUUUCACUGCAGACACGCUGACAUUGCCGCCAUCAAGUACAUGCAAAAGACCUAUGCUCAAAAGGCGGGUCAGAGGAGGAGUAGAAAUACAAAUUGCCAGUGUCUGGCCAAGAUUAGGUUGGAAAAAUCAAGAUUGUCACUCUCACACCCUUGUGAAGUGAGGUUGUUGUAUAAUCACAACCACCGAUUGGAACCAGCACAGUCUUCGAAUAAUAACAACGUUACCUCGACCUUAAACUCUCACAUAAUGUCAUCUACUUUAGCUCCUCCCCCGACAUUCUUGCAUGAAGCUUCUCCGUCGGUUACUCCCUCCAUCGGUACCACUCCGCUCGGCACGCCCUUGAUUGGAACUCCCAGCGAUACGAGCACCCUCAGCGCUCAGAGCUCGCCUAAGCAAGAAUUUGCAGAUUUCGGUUAUGGAUUAAGUCAUUCAACUCUCUCCCAAUUCACUCGGGAAACCGAAGCCGACAUUCUCAUUGCUGACCCGUACUAUAACAACUCGCUUUACAAGUUCUUGACCGGGCAAAAUAAAGCCAGAUCCCAUUCGCUUGAAAUGGCUGCUCAUUUCUUUGAUUCUUUCACGUAUGUUCCUACCUAUGACGAAUAUCCUGGAGCGAGCCUUGGAAUAGAAUU